AUGGGACAUUAUCCUUCAUUAACCAAAGUUGCCACAUCCUUGGGGAUUGAUGCCAGAGAACUAGCAAGCAAGAAAGUGAUAAAAGGAGGGAUUGAAGGUUUCUCGAGAAUUAACCUUGAGCGAUGUGCGUUGAACUUAGCAGAGAGUGAGAAAUGGGAUGCCUUCAUGGAUGUGCUCUCCCUCAUUAUUUAUGGGAUUGUCUUAUUCCCGAAUUUUGAAAACUUUAUUGACUUUGCUGCGAUCAACGUCUUCUUGGCCUUCAAACAUGAAAAAAAGAGUCUUGUACCAGCCAUCCUUGCUGAUACAUAUCAUUCCCUUACCUUGCGCCAUGAAAGAAGGGGUGGGAUGAUUUUGUGCUGUCUGCCUACACUAUACUUGUGGUUCACAUCUUACAUGUUCAAGAGAGGAAGUCAAAUUGAGAUUAAAAAUAAGAGUGAAUGGGCUUACAACAUAGCAAAUCUUAGUGAAAAGACUAUCUCUUGGUACUCGCGAGAGAAAAACAUUGAUGAAGUGAUUUGUCAAUGUGGAGAUUUCCUGAAUGUACCACUCAUGGGUACUAAGGGAUGUGUAAACUACAACCUCGCUCUUGCAAUAAGGCAACUCGGUUAUCCGAUCAGAAGUCCACCGGUUGAGGAUUCUAUUACUCCUUUCAUGGUUUAUGAUAUGACUAAAGAGUUGGAUUUUCUUAAAAAGAUUAGGCAUUCUUGGGACAGGGUGAUGAAGAAAGGGAGAGAAUUGGGAAAAAGAAAUUGUAAUGUGGAGGGGAGUUACCAACAGUGGCUCAGCGAGAGGGUCCAACAUGUCAAGUUACCAUUUCGGGGUCCCAUUCCAAUUAUUGAAGAAACACCAAUUCAAGAACCCAUGAGUCUAGAGGAGAUCGAAAAACUUCAAGAAAAGUUAGCUAAAUCUGAGAAAGAAAAAAAAGAUAUGAAGAAGGAAUUAAUACAGGCACGCCAAGAGUAUCAAGCAGCACAAAAAGAAAUUUCCCAAGCAAGACAACGUGUUGAACUAGCCAAUAAGCGAGCAAGAAUUGAAGAAGAGGGUAAGUUGAACACCCGCAAUUGUUUAGAGGCUGCUUUCAUAGAGUUAAAGAUGCGGAGAGGUGAACGUGACCAAGCUAGGGUUGAUGGUGAAUGA